AUGGCCUCUAGUGACUCCGAUAGAUCAAUCAAUCAAAACACCGAUUACGAAAAAAUAUACAACAACAACAACAACAACCAACGUGCAAAUAAUACUGAAGAUGUUGCUGGUUUAAAUGAUGAAGUUAUUGAUCAUCCAAUUAGUUAUAAUAACCCACAGAGUUAUUAUAGCAAAACCAAUGAUGAGGAAGAUUUAAGGAGCUCUGUUUCAAAUGAUAUUCAAAAAAUAACCACUGGUGGUAAAAAUAAUGAAUAUAUAUACAUAGGAAGACAAAAAUUUUUAAGAGAUGAUCUAUAUCAGGCCUUUGGUGGUACUUUAAAUCCAGGGUUAGCUCCGGAAUCUACACACAAGUUUGCUAAUCCAGCUCCACUAGGUUUGAGUGCAUUUGCAUUAACUACAUUUGUAUUGAGUAUGUGUAAUGCAAGGGCUAUGGGUAUUACCAUAUCUAAUGUGGUCGUUGGGUUAGCCAUCUUUUAUGGUGGUUUGGUGCAAAUUAUAGCCGGUAUUUGGGAGAUUGCAGUGGAAAACACUUUUGGUGGUACUGCUUUAGCUUCAUUUGGUGGGUUCUGGAUGAGUUUUGGUGCUAUUAACAUCCCGUGGUUUGGCAUUAUAGAUGCCUACAGUGGUCAUGAAGAACAAUUGACUGAUGCAUUAGGUUUUUAUCUAUUGGGCUGGGCCAUUUUCACUUAUGGCUUAUCUUUGUGUACUAUGAAGGCCACUGUCAUGUUUUUCGCUUUAUUUUUCUUAUUGGCCACCACGUUUUUAUUGCUAAGUAUUGGUAAUUUUGCCGACAGUGUUGGUUGUAUAAGAGCCGGUGGUGUGGUUGGUGUUAUUGUAGCAUUUAUCGCUUGGUAUAAUGCAUUUGCAGGUGUUGCCAACAGAGAAAACUCCUAUGUCAUUGUCCGUACAAUUCAACUACCAAGUAACGAACGUACAUUAUUAUGA